CGCGAUGGAGGCCGCCACCGCCGCCGAGUUUGUAGUCGAGAGCCCCGACGUGGUCUACGGCCCCGAGGCCAUCGAGGCACAGUACGAGUACCGGACAACGCACGUCAGCCGCGAGGGCGGCAUCCUCAAGGUGCACCCCACGUCCACGCGCUUCACCUUCCGGACAACCCAGCAGGUGCCCCGCCUCGGAGUCAUGCUCGUCGGCUGGGGCGGCAACAACGGCUCCACGCUGACCGCCGCCGUGCUGGCCAACCGGCUGCGCCUGUCCUGGCCCACGCGCACCGGCCGCAAGGAGGCCAACUACUACGGCUCGCUGACGCAGGCGGGUACCGUGAGCCUGGGCCUGGACGCAGAGGGCCAGGAGGUGCACGUACCCUUCCGCGCGCUGCUACCCAUGGUGGCGCCCGACAACCUGGUGUUUGACGGCUGGGACAUCUCGUCGCUGAACCUGGCCCAGGCGAUGCGGCGCGCGCAGGUGCUGGACUGGGGUUUGCAGGAGCAGCUGUGGCCGCACAUGGAAGUCCUGCGCCCUCGCCCCUCGGUCUACAUCCCCGAGUUCAUCGCGGCCAACCAGGGCGCGCGCGCAGAUAACCUCAUCCCCGGCACGCGUGCGCAACAGCUGGAUCAGAUCCGCAAGGACAUCCGAGACUUCCGGUCCAGCAAGGGGCUGGACAAGGUCAUCGUGCUGUGGACCGCAAACACGGAGCGUUUCUGCGACGUGGUCCCAGGCCGGAACGACACGGCCGAGAACCUACUUCGAACCAUCGAGGUGGGUGAGGAGGUGUCCCCGUCCACGCUCUUCGCUGUGGCAAGCAUCCUGGAGGGCUGUGCCUUCCUUAACGGGUCACCGCAGAACACACUGGUGCCGGGGGCGCUGGAGCUCGCGUGGCAACACCGCGUCUUUGUGGGCGGGGACGACUUCAAGACUGGCCAGACCAAGGUUAAGUCGGUGCUCGUGGACUUCCUCAUCGGCUCUGGCCUCAAGACCAUGUCCAUUGUGAGCUACAACCACCUGGGCAACAACGACGGGCAGAACCUGUCUGCGCCAUCCCAGUUCCGUUCCAAGGAGGUGUCUAAGAGCAGUGUGGUGGACGACAUGGUGCUCAGCAACCCGGUGCUCUAUGGACCCGGCGAGGAGCCAGAUCACUGCGUGGUGAUCAAGUACGUGCCGUACGUGGGUGACAGCAAGCGUGCGCUGGACGAGUACACAUCAGAGCUGAUGCUGGGCGGCACCAACACGCUGGUGUUGCACAACACAUGCGAGGACUCGCUACUGGCCGCGCCCAUCAUGCUGGACUUGGUGUUGCUGACCGAGCUGUGCCAGCGCGUGAGCUUCCACACGGACGCCGACCCCGAGCCGCAGGGUUUCCACCCGGUGCUGGCGCUGCUCGGCUUCCUCUUCAAGGCACCGCUCGUGCCCCCUGGCAGCCCAGUGGUCAACGCACUCUUCCGCCAACGCAGUUGCAUCGAGAACAUCCUAAGGGCCUGCUUGGGGCUGCCGCCGCAGAACCACAUGCUGCUGGAGCACAAGAUGGAGCGCCCAGACCCCGCACUCAAGAGCAUGGGGCCCACGGCCUGCCCUAUGCCAUGCAAGAAACGACCGGUACCUGCCGCCUCCACUGGCUGCACUGGUGACGCCAACGGGCACCCGCAAGACGAGGCACCACAGACGCCCACCACCUGA